AUGAUUUUGAAUAUGUUUCGGAACAAAUUAAUAGCGGUCGUCGCUUUAACAUUAAUAUCCAUUUCGCGGGUCGCGGCUCUCGAGGACUUCAAUGUGACAGAUGAUGAAUCUUUCGAAGUAUUAAAUAAUAAUGGCGAAACUGUGUACAUAACAAAAGAACUGAUGAAGAGACUCACCGAAGAGUCGGAGACGUGGCAUUGGAGGCCCUGGUUGAGGACCAAGACGGAGGUUGUUGGGAACAUAAUACUAGAAAUAGAGAGAACGACAGGUGACUCUAUCGACAGCUUCCCCUCCGGGCUGUUUGAUGAUGAUCAAUUAAGGAAGGGUGCAUUUGUUCUGUACGUAUUGUUUGGCAUUUAUGCUUUCACGUUGUUGGCGUUAGUAUGCAACGACUAUUUCAUUCCUUGUGUUGAAAUGAUUUGCGACGACUUGAAGAUAUCACAGAACGUGGCGGCAGCAACGUUUAUGUCAGUGGCGACAUCUUGUCCAGAAUUCUUUGUGAAUGUAAUAUCAACGUUCCUCACGCAAUCAGACAUGGGUAUUGGUACGAUAGUCGGUUCGGCUAUUUUCAAUGUUUUGGGAGUGGCAGCUAUUGGAAGUCUUGCGGCAGUUUCGCCAAUUGCCAUCGAGCGCGGUCCAGUUACAAGAGACGUUCUCAUUUAUAUGAUCAACGUUGGUGUUUUAGUAGCCAUUGUAUGGGAUGGAUUGGUAGUAUGGUACGAGGCAUUAGUUCUCGGCAUCCUAUACAUAUGCUAUUUCAUCAUAAUGUUCAAUAGUAUGAAACUAUUCACAUUGUUUAACAAAAUCUUCGGCUGUUGCUGUAAGAAGGGACGCUCAGAUUAUAUAGUAAGUGCAGAGGGUAAACCAAUGGAAGAAGGCCUCGAUAACAAAGGGUUCAACAACAAUGAGGAACAAGGAAACAAUAUUUCAACGAAUAACGGGAAAGUUAGCGCUGACGAUAAAGUUGAAAUCAAUGAUGAACCGAAAAACGGUGUUUGGCGAUUCCCUAAAGACAAGUCAGUUGUGUACAAGAUUUGGUGGCUCUACACGUGGCCUCUUAAUCUUAUCCUGACUCUUACUGUGCCUUCUCCUAUUACAUGCAAAAGGUUCUAUCCCUUCGCUUUCGUCAUGUGUAUUGUAUGGAUUGGUGUGAAUUCAUACUUCGUUUCUUGGAGCAUGACUGUUUUAGGUCACACUUUUUUCAUUCCUGAGUCUGUUAUGGGAAUGACAUUCCUAGCUUUUGGUGGCUGUUUACCCGAAGCGUGCUCAAUAUUCAUCAUGUCCAGAAGAGGCGAGGGUGGUAUCGGUGUGUCCAACGCGCUAGGCGCUAACUCCUUGGCAAUAUUGUUCGCACUGGGCUUACCUUGGCUUAUCAAAACGUUAAUGCUUUUAGCCGAGGGAUCUGACACAGCAGUGAAAAUAAAUUCAGCUGGCAUUGACUUCGUAGUCGGUUCGUUGUUGGUCGCAACAUUACUACUAUGGAUAGCUUUAUUUAUAGGAAAAUUUAAGCUUAGGAAAAGUCUUGGUGUAGUGUUGAUGUUCUUAUAUUUAAUAUUUAUAACAUUUGCGAUACUUGUGGAAAUGGGCAUUAUUUUUGAUAGAGAGGUUGCAUUU